AUGGAUAUAAAAUCGGAAACAGAGCAAUACAAAAGAAAAGCAGAGAUAGAGAAACACACAAAGGAGCCAAAUAAACACAGAGACGAAGCAGUGCUCCAAAAUAGAGCUGGGAGGCACAGAGACCGAGCCGUAAUAGAUCACAAAAGCGAAGAAAGAGAGAGAGAAAGCGUACAGAAUGUUACAGAGAUGAGUGGGAUUGAGAGAUCUGAGGGUGAGUGGUCGCCGCCGGUGGAAGGAAUUACCGACGAGGAGCUGCCGUCUCACUCGCCGAUGGAUGAUCUAGGGUUUGCUUUGUUCGCGAGUUGGGGGAGAAAGACAGAGAGACAGAGAAUGGGAUCUCCUGACAUAAGGAUUUAUAUUUUUAAUCCGAUAAAAAAGAUAAUAAUAAUGGAAACUAGAAUCCGGUUUGGUCUAGAAUGGAAACCAAGCGGUUUUGGUUCUUGA